AACAGGGUAUAUGAAAUCACGCUCUCUCCUCUCUUGAACAGGGUUUUCAGCAAUCUUGCUCUGGAACAGGGUAGGAAUUUCAGCGAUUUUUACUCUGGAACAGGGUCAGGGUUCAGAGGGCUCAGCGGAACAUCCCYACCCCCGGGGGGAUUUUAGAACAGUUUUCGGUGAAUUUGCAUUGGUUUGACCCCCUCCGACGACCAUGAUCCUUUGCAUUUAAACAAUAGAUUGUUUUGAUAUGACGUCAUAGUGAAAUAGGGCAAUUAAAGGAGUAUGAAAAUGUGAGCUCCUUUUCUAUAUUCUUUUGUCAAUCUUUUUUGUUUCUUCUUUUGUUUUUCGUUCUUCUAUGAUUCAGUUUGUUGACAUUUUCCCAGACUAUUGAAAUAGCAGAUCCCAUUCCUCCUUUUUUUAUUUCUCAUUUUCAUUCGCCAUUUCCCAUUGUUAUCAGUCAUUUAGUUCAGUUUCCCGCCAUUAGAUGACCCCCAGACAGCAGCUGAUCAAAACAAUGUCAUGUGACGCUAGUUCCAAGAAUUCAAUUCGAUUCAGAUGAGGAGUAGUYGGUCGUCACGCAACGCGGGGGAGGGAGCGUUGCGYGACGAYUGACACUAAAAACGGAUGCGAGGGAGACUAGAUGAGGAGCGAAUUCCUGUAUUUCUCUUGACUCAAAUAUAUAACAAAAUGUCAUUUACCACUAUAUUUUGAAAUCCAAGAGUGACAUCCAACAGAACAUAAAUUCUAGAAAGAGAAUCUGCCAUGGCAAGCUUAGGAAGCCCAACUUUGGACUGUUUUCGUAAUGGCUCCAUCGUACAACUCAAAUCAAAGAUCACGGAUAAAACUCUGUUAAUGCAUCAAGGUGGUAAUGUGAGUGGAAAUGGAAGCAUUGGCUUUUAUGCUGGAAGUCUUGACCCUAGAACUCCAGUGUGGGGACGCUGGAGUGAUGGGACAUACCACCGUGGGACAAUAUCCAAUGUUGAUACCCAAGUCCACAUCAAGUUUAAUGACGGCGAUACAAUUUCUCAUGAUAUCCAUGAUCAAACUGCUGUUGUUGCGGAUGUUGACCCAUACCCUGAAGCCRUUCAAGAUAAUUCUCGGGUAAUCGCUCAGUUUCACGGAAGUGGAAAAUACUACACUGGGCGUGUCAUGGGUGUUAACAAAGAUGACCCUAAAUUCCCGAGAUAUGAUAUUCAGUWUGAUGAUGGAGACAGGGGGUGGGCAGUAUUGAAUCAAAUACGUGUUCUCCUAGAAAUAACACCAUCAGCCCUAGGCACCCCUCCCAUACUGACAAAGAGCCGUGUUCUUGGCCGCUGGACGAACAACCAUUACUACCGUGGCAGAGCAACCAAUGUUGGGGGUAAAAUAGACGUCCAGUUUGACGAUGGUGACAAAAUUCAACACGACCCAAGCGACACCAGUGCUGUGAUUUGUGAYGUCAACCCAAGUGUGGGGACUAUUCAGGUUUUGUCAAGAGUGAUUGGUUACUGGCCACAUACAAAGAAGUUCUAUCUUGGUACAGUGACACAGCUGGACCACAUGAAUCCACAGUUUCCACGGUACUUUGUACAGUUUAAUGAYGGAUAUCAAAUCUGGUGUAAUCUGAAUGAGGUCAGACCUGCAGUACCCUUGAGACGAGAACAAGCUGGCUGUAUUGUCUGGGGUCGUUGGACCAACAACCUGUACUAUCAUGGGCGUGUCACCGGCACCAGUGAAGGAAAGAUCCAUGUAACCUUUGAUGAUGGUGACAAGAUAUCACAUGAACAGAGCGACAUCAGUGCUGUCCUCAUAGAUGCAAUACCCAAUCCAAACCAUGUUCCCGUGGGGUCCCGUGUGAUUGCAGGCUUUAAAGACAGGGUUCAAUACUACAAGAGCAAGGUAGUGAAGGUCGAAAGCUCUAUGUUUUAUUCGCCUCGUUAUUAUAUCCACUAUGAUGACGGUGAUAAGGGAUGGCAGACRUUYGAUAAGGUCAGGCUGCUACCUAUGCGAGUUGAUGAGGCUGGAUCAAGAGUAUAUGCUCGUUGGACAAAUGGCUUGUAUCAUCCUGGAAAAGUAGACAGGGUGGAUACUAAGAUCCACAUCAAGUAUGAUGACAGCGAUCAAAUUGCUCACGACCCAAGCGAUGUCAAGGCCGUUAUCCUUGAUGUCAAUCCUGACCCUGGGGCAGUUCAAAAAGGCAGUCGCGUCAUUGCUGUAUGGCGCAAGAAAGUUGCAUUAUAUCCAGGAUGUGUGGCAAAUGUUGAUAAGGCAAAUCCUCAGCAAGUUCGCUAUUUUSUUCAUUAUGAYGAUGGGGAUAAAGGCUGGGCAACAGUGGAUCAAAUAAGAUUAAUGCCUGCACCAGGACCUGCAACAGCAGGUAAGAUUACUGYAAAGUCCUGGUUAUAA